UAGAAUCGAGAGUGAAACGAGAACCGAGAGAGCCGGUCAAGCAUGUGCAGGAGUUGAGCAGUUCAUCCGGAGUCGACUCAGGAGUUGAGCAGUUCAUCCGACCAAACUCAGGCCCUAUACGUCUCGGCAAGCGCUUCCACUUACACCAGGUUGAAUCAGACCACGUAUUGGCGUGUCGAGAGAGAGAUUGCGGAACGUGCAGAUUCAUACGGCUUGGCACCAAAUGGGUUGCAAGGCGUGAUGUCGGAUGGCUCAUCGGCAAGUGGUUUGGGUCUAAGUUAGUUGGAGUGGGAUGCUCAAUUGAGGGUGAAACAGUUUGGGCGUGCAUAUGGUGUUUCAGAUGAUGUAAUUGUUAAAGGGCUUUCUAGAAUGCAGAAUUUCGUCGUGUUGUCUCUUGAAGUAUUACGAGCUGAAUUUCCAGAUUGGGAACUCCUGCGUGCGUUUGAGGUUUUCGACGUGUCCCGGUACGAUGGUGAACGGCCAGACGCAACUACCACUGCUUCAGCAUUCUUGAGGAUGGCGACAGCUUUCAAAGUUUGCGAGAACCAGCUCACUGACCAAUUCUAUGACUACCUACCCCUGGCAUUAUCAGCAUGGAAGCAAAAUCGACAAGCCAGUUCUGUUGACGUGUGGAGGGAAGCAGUCGUGUUGAGGCCCAUCCAGGCGCAGACCCGACGGGCCCAUCCUUCUGACGUGUUGCUGUCAGUACUUCUUCGGUUGGCUGCGUUUACCGGGUGCACGACCAGUGGACUGGAACAGAUGUUGUCCAAGGUAAAUACAUGGCUUCUUACAUCGCGGAGAAAGCUCUUGGACCCCAACCGCGUCGAGGAUGAGGCGAUGUUGGCGACCGAGCAGUUCGCCAAGUACGACAUCGAGCGCUUAUACCGGGACGCGGGGGUUGUGUUCCACAAGUGCUUCGGUUUGGCCCGCGUGCGCGGGAAGUCCAAGUUCACGUCGUUCGGCAAACGAUCCCGGAGGGAGGCUGUUUCGGGUGUAUAACGUUGUUCGGAUAAUUCGUGCGCGGUUCCCCUGCAUGUGUGCGUGCGUUAAACGUGGUUCUAGACGAAUGAUAAUCACGU